UCAUAUCAGGUACUUGAGUCACAAAAGGCUGUGAAUCACUAAAAGAAACCGAAAGACAACUCCUCCAACACCAAUUAUAACGAUAAAAAUUCUUAAAAAUUCAUCCUUGGUCACUUUUGCACGGGAACGAUCAACUACUACCAUUGCCACAACUAGUCGAACUCUAAAUAAAACUUAGAAUAAUAAACCGUUGGGACCUCCACGAAACUGUUCCAAGAAGAAAUAAAAAGAAAUAUUGUGUAAUAUUAAAGAAAAAAGACAAAACUAGUAAACAGAUAAUAUUUUGUGUGAAUUAUUAAGUGAUCAAAGGUUACUUUUGUUACGAGCAAAACAACAAAUAAUCAACCCAAAUCUGAAUUGAGUGACAAAAAUACUGAAUAUUCAUCCUCACAGCAACGAAAUAAUCGUCAAUUGCGACAAAAACAGUGAAAAACGAUAACAACUCAAGCAAAGUCACUACAUAUUAACGAAAUUAUUCAAAAUGGCUGCUCCCAUAAUCGUAAACAGUACGUGUCGUACACCACGUUUCGCCUACAUUUUAUUCAAGCAAGCAACAAAAAGUCAACCCGCCGCAUUAUCAGCUGUUCGCUGCGCAAACUUCUCCACGGAGCACUUUAACAGCAACAAAAACAUUCCCAAGCACACGUCAAAGUACAUCAAGAGUGUGCCAGACAAGGAUAUUCGCAAAUCGAUUUUCAUCUCGCAAUCGUACAAUGUCUUUGCCAAUCUCGCACUCGAGGACUGGAUCUACAAGAAUUUCGAUUUUGCGCAUCAUCAUGUCCUCAUGCUGUGGUCCAAUGAUCCCUGUGUCGUAAUUGGAAGACAUCAAAACCCCUUUGCCGAAACGAAUGGCACUUACCUGAACAGCAACGGGAUCGAGAUGGCACGUCGUAAUAGUGGCGGCGGAGCAGUGUUCCAUGAUCGGGGCAACUUGAAUUGUACGUUUUUUACGCCGCGCGAGCGAUAUAAUCGAACGUAUAAUUUGAACGUUAUCACAAGGGCGUUGUACCGGGAAUACAAUAUCAGUGCCGAUGUGUCGGAAAGAGAUGAUAUCACAAUUUCCGGAAAGAAGAUUUCUGGCACAGCUGCUAAAUUGGGUCAACCAAACGCCUAUCAUCACUGCACAUUAUUGGUCAAUUCCAACAAGGAUCAUCUCCGAAAUGCUCUGUCAAAGACUGAUUCCGAAAUUCAGAGCAAGGCGACUCCAUCGGUGCGAUCUUCCAUCAAAAAUUUGGCAGAUAUCAACAAGAAGAUUAAUAUGCCUCAAUUGCUCUCUGCUAUUGGAUACGAAUACCUUCGUACACCAGCGACUGAAUUAGUAGAUGGCGGUCGAGAGCUGUUGGAGAAACAAAGUGGCUUCCAUCUGAUUAAUCCGACGGAGAAAUGGUUCCCUGGAUUGAAUGCCAUCAAAGAAACCUUUUCAUCUUGGGAUUGGCGUUACGGAAAAACUCCCAAAUUUUCGGUAUUAAAAUCGGUUCAAAUGAAAUCCGGAAAUGGAGAUCUUGACAUGAAAAUUAAAUUGGAUGUUGAGAAGGGCCUCAUUGAAGACAUUUCCCUGAUGAUCCCCAAUUCGGAACCAAUUCCCGUUGUCUCGACACUCAAAGGCAAACCGUACACCGAAGACAAUCUGCAAGGAAUUAUCGCUGCCUUAAAAGACCUUAGCACCUUAAGUAAUAACAUAAAUUUGGGAUAAUAAAUAGAAAUACUUAGGAAUGACUUUGUAUCAACGAGACCAAGAUGCCUUUCAAUCAUUACCGGGAUUUAAUAUUACACUUUAUUUCUUUUGAUUUUUUCAGACAGUUUCAUGUUUUAGAAUAAUAAAGUAAAUUUAAUCAAUAUAUUAAAAUAAUUUUUUUUUUAAUGUUAUGUUGAGUAUUUUUUUUAUUUUGACUACUUAUGAAAUUAUUAAUUUUGUUCAAUUUAAUUUUUAAGCAAAUUUGUAAGGAUCAAGAAUACAAAUCAUAUCAUUUGUUUAUUUUUUUUAAUUCUAUGGGUUUAAAUUUAUAUUUGAAAAUUUUUAAAUAUAUUAUUUUGUUCAUUUUAUUAUUAUUAUAAUAUUCUAAAUAUAUAUAAAAAAUAUAUUUUAUUAGCUAAUAAAAAAUUAUAAUGUAAUAUAGAA